AAAAUUCAAAUCACAAAUUCAACGCUCCCAUAAGAUUCCUUGGUAGUUGGAACACAAAGAAGAAGAAGCUUCAGCAACAACAACAAUGGCGGAGAUUGAAACGCAGAAGAUAGAUCCAGAGACAGAGUUUCUAGCAUCGAAGAGAGAAACCGGAACCGAAUGGGAAACCUUCAAAGAAAACGUGAGACCAUUGAAACGAGGUCGUAAUGUUAACAUUCUCAAUCACGCUCUCAAAUGUCACACCGACAAUUACCUCAAGAAAUCUCUUAUUCAACAACGAAGAAAACUUAUUGAAGCCAUUGAUGAUUACAAAGGCGAAGAUCCUCUUCUCCCUUGGUUAGAGUGUAUGAAGUGGGUUCAAGAAGCGUUUCCUCCAGGUGGAGAUAGCUCAGGGCUGGUGGUGAUUUAUGAGCAAUGUGUUCGUGCUUUUUGGCAUUCGGAACGGUAUAAGGAAGAUUUGCGAUAUCUCAAAGUGUGGCUUGAAUAUGCAGAAAAUUGCUUUGAUAAGGAAGUUAUAUAUUCUUUUUUGGAUGCAAAUGAAAUUGGAAAAACUCAUUCCGAUUUCUACAUUUCAUAUGCUUUGCACUUGGAAUCCAAGAACAAGUUUAAAGCUGCUAACCAGACAUUUGAACUUGGCAUAAAUAGGAAUGCUCAACCCAUUGAAAAACUGAAAGCUGCUUAUAGAAAAUUUCUUGUUCGCUCAAUGUCAAGGACAAAACCUAUAGAUGACCCAGUGGAAAAAGAGGCACCUGUGCGUAGCUUUGGAACUCUUCUUGCAAAGGGAGAUAAUGGUGCGCCCUUGGCUCCUUUGAGCAGUAAUCGUUCUUCUAAGCCCUUGGCCCCUUUGAACAGUAACCUUUCUGUUAAGAAUGAUAGGACUCGAGCAGCUCCACUUUCCAUUUAUAAAGAUUCAAAUGCCAAUGCUGAGACCUGUCCACCUCAGCCAGAUCCGUCACACUCUUGGCUCAAACUUGGUGGUCGUGCCGAAAGAAACAAGGAAAACAAUGCAAUUCCUGCAAAAUGGAAAUCCUUUAAGGUCCCACAACGACCUGGAACUAGGGCUACAGUGGUUGGUGCAAGUGCCUGCAUCCCGGUGUUUGUUGAUGAAGAAUAUCAAGGUUCAUUAAAUCCGAAAGCAGAGGGUAAGUCCUCAAAUUUGAAGACUAGGCAAGACGACGAAAAGGACUUGAAAAGAGAAACCGAGUUACUAAGGAAGGAUCCAUUACGCAACUUCCCGCAUAGCAGCCUCCCCAGAUAAUUCAAACUUCUGAAAGGUCAUUGCCCUUUGCAGCAACAUGCUAUCAUUUCAUGUAGCAAUUUGUGGGACAGCUUUUCCCUAGAAAGCUUGACCCCACACAUCUCUGUCUUUUGCUUGUAUUGGAAUUUUGGUUUGUUUGAUUUGAUGAAAAUUUAUGUUGUACCGAUAAUCAGUUUGUGUAUGGAUAAAUCUUGAAAAAUUUGUACUGAGAAUGUACAAUAAUAGUUUGUUCAGUUUUUUUCUUUAUGAA